AUGGUUACAAGAGUUGGGGUUUCUUGGUUGCUAGGUGCUUUCAAAAACCAAAAACAGGUGACCAGAGGUUUUGGUAGUGCUGUACAGACAGUAACUUUAAUCCCAGGAGAUGGCAUAGGACCAGAGAUUUCUGCUGCUGUGAUGAAGAUAUUUGAUGCUGCUAAAGCUCCUAUUCAAUGGGAAGAGAGAAAUGUUACAGCAAUCCAAGGACCAGGAGGAAAGUGGAUGAUUCCUCCAGAUGCCAGAGAAUCCAUGGAUAAAAACAAGAUGGGUCUGAAAGGACCUUUAAAAACUCCAAUAGCUGCUGGACACCCUUCAAUGAAUUUGUUGCUACGUAAAACCUUUGACCUAUAUGCAAAUGUUCGUCCUUGUGUCUCAAUUGAAGGGUACAAAACCCCUUAUGCAGAUGUAAAUAUAGUCACAAUUCGAGAGAACACAGAAGGCGAAUACAGCGGAAUUGAACAUGUGAUUGUUGAAGGUGUUGUACAGAGUAUCAAACUCAUCACAGAAGAAGCAAGCAAACGUAUUGCUGAAUUUGCUUUUGAGUAUGCCAGAAACAAUCAGAGAAGCCAUGUUACUGCUGUGCAUAAAGCAAACAUUAUGAGAAUGUCUGAUGGACUUUUUCUGAGAAAAUGCAGGGAGGCUGCAGAAAACUGUAAAGAUAUUAAAUUUAAUGAAAUGUACCUGGAUACUGUGUGUCUUAAUAUGGUACAGGAUCCAUCACACUUUGAUGUGCUUGUUAUGCCAAAUCUGUAUGGUGACAUCCUUAGUGACUUAUGUGCCGGAUUGAUUGGAGGUCUUGGAGUAACACCAAGUGGGAACAUUGGUGCAAACGGAGUUGCAAUCUUUGAGUCGGUUCAUGGAACUGCACCAGAUAUUGCAGGAAAAGACUUGGCAAAUCCAACUGCCCUUCUUCUGAGUGCUGUAAUGAUGCUGCGUCAUAUGGGACUGCAGGAAUAUGCCGCUAAAAUUGAGGCUGCAUGUUUUGAUACGAUUAAAGAUGGAAAGGUACUGACCAAAGAUUUGGGAGGUAAUGCUAAAUGUUCAGAAUUCACAGAGGAGAUUUGCCGCCGAGUACGAGACAUGGGCUAAAAUUGUAAUUGCUCCUGAUGGACACAUCACAAAAAUUUUAUAUUUAAAUCUGCUGUUCACAUGCAUUUGGUUUGCCUCUCUCCUGAAAGCAGACUUUUUAGAUGGGGAGGCCUCUUCAUUAAUAAAUUUACCCCAAAUGGUUACAAAUUAUUCUUAUGCCUGCUUUCAGUGGAUUUUUUUCAAACUGCUUUGUUUUAUUUAUUACUUGUUUCUAACUGGUGAAUUUUUUUUGUAUAAAUGGAUUUCUUUAGUGUGUCAUUUGUAACUGUUACCAUUUUAUGUUUCAACUAAAUUGUUUUUACUUUCCAGAAAAGCUUGUUGUAAAUAUCAAGAUAACUGAAUUACUGGAUUAUAAAAGCACCUUUAAAAAUAUAAAACCUAUUUUAUUUUUUCCUAUUAGAGUUAAACAAUGGCUUUUCAGCCUUAAAAUAGCACAAGAUGACUCUAUUUGCAAAAAAUAGGUAGGAAAUAAACCACUAAAAAUGUUCCAUUAUAAAUCUUGAGGAGGAAACAUUUUUAGGUGCUACAUUGCAGUCCAAAAAUACAAGUUGUUCUCCAAAUGCAUGAAUAAAUAUUAAAGCUUUAGAAAUGUUUAACUUAAAAUAUAAUAUUUUUGUGAAAAAAAUCAAGGCAUAACCUAGAUGGGGAUGAAGAAUAAUGAUGUUAGUAAGACAAAAGUAUCUUUCAUACAUGUAUGUAUCCAAACAUUCUUGUAAGUUUGUCUUUAUUAGUUUACAACAGCGUAUUCCUAAUGAAAUGUAGGUGAUACAAAAUCACAAAAUCUUUUACUUUUGCUAUGUACUGUGAGGGGGAAAGUAUUAAGUUUCUGCAGAUUUAUACAAAAUAUUUAAACUCCAUGACUGUAGCAGAAACAUUUUGUAUUCUACUUUGUUUUUAUGUAUUGUCUGUUUAGUGUAUUCACAUGUACUAGCUUAAUCAUCUUUGUUUCAAAAUUCUGAAUGUAACAGACUACAUAAUAUGCGAUUGCUACAGAGCCUGACACUAGCAGAUGACCCCUAGUUUUGGCUAUGUUGCUUAGAUUCCAGAAAUCAAUAUAUUCUCAUGCCCUAUCCAGGGGUAUCUGAGGUUUCCAUGAAUUUGCAUACUAGAGCUACCAGGAAGCACAAAGUUAAGUCUCCUUCUAACUUCAACCAUGUUCCUAACACAAAUAUAUAUGAUACUUGAAGAUCUUUGAAUAGCUCUAUCAGUACAAUAUUCAAGGAAACAUACAUUUUACAGAUGAAAACCCUAGAAUUUUAUCCAAAGCCUGUUAGCAGUGACAGAACUGUCCGUAAUCAGUCUUAAUCUGUUUAUAGGUCCCAUCCUAUUGUCUGCUCUUAUUUUUACACAGUCUCAAACUUUGGAAACCAAAAUCAACCCAUGCAAAGUCAUUUAGUAUCACUUGCAAAAUAAGCAUCCCAGCUGCUCAUAAUUUUGUCAUUCUGUAACAGUGAUGGGGAUUUUUUUUUUUUUGGGUGCAGUUUCUGGUGACACAGUCACGUCCUUCUCCCGGAUGUAGAGACAUGGUGGAAGUCUGGAACAGAGCAUUAGCUUGAUUUUUGAAUGUGCAUAUUUUGUUUGCUGCUGUCUCCUUGUUUCAUUUGACAAUAUGAGCUAAGCAACUUCUGCAUUAUUACAACGCACAAAAUAGAAAAAAUAAAGACUUCCCAAGGUCA